AUGUCACUUGCGCAAGUUGCUGCCUCAGCCAGUGAUAGGUUUAGCCAAUGCACGCCGAGCCACCUCCAGCAGUCUACUUUCUCACCAUCAAGAGACACAAGUGCAGCAGAUGCUGACUCAGCCCAUGCCAUUAAGAUUUACAAAGCAAGAAGAAAUUUGGAAGCUAUGCGUAGGGCGCGCAGGCCUCCACCAGGGCAGCACAGGCACUGUGACAGAUGCUUCAACCGUCACUGCCACAUGCCUGUGGAGGCUGGUGUCUCCUGCCUGGUGAUAAACUGCCACCGGUCCUGCGGCGCUACCUUCCACAUGUGCAAAGAGGCAGAGCACGAGCUCCUGUGCCCUUUAGAACAGGUUCCGUGCCUCAACUCCGAGUACGGCUGCCCCCUUUCCAUUUCCCGUCACAAGCUGGCCAAGCACCUGCAAGUGUGCCCUGCCAGCGUGGUCUGCUGCUCCAUGGAGUGGAACCGCUGGCCAAACCUGGACUCUGAAACAGCCCUUCAUGAGAACAUCAUGAAAGAGACUCCCAAUGAGGAGUGCUUGGACACAGCCCUGGCCCUCCAAGACCAGAAGGUCCUCUUUAGAUCUCUGAAAAUGGUAGAACUUUUCCCAGAAACUAGAGAACCCAUGGAAGAGGAACCUACCAUGAAUGGUGAAGCCAGCUGGAAGGAAAUGGAAGGAGCGGUGGGUGGGGCAGAUGCUGGUUUGGUAACAAGCGGCUCUCUGUCAACCACCAACGGAGAGGUGGCAGAGCUGAGUCAAGAAGAACGAGAGGUAUUAGCCAAAACCAAAGAAGGGAUGGACCUAGCCAAGUUUGACAAGUGGGAAAAUAUGUUCAGCAAAGAGCAUGCGGCCUCUGUUUUAACGAGCUCAUCAGUGAGCAGUGAGAGCAAGAGCAGGGAUGGCCCAGAGAAAGAACAGAUUUCCAGCAGCAACAACAUGGUAGAAAAGAGCGCUGCCAAAGGGAAAGAAACACAGGAAGACCAGAAGCAGCCGGACUUUCAUGCAGCCAUAGAAAAGUCAGGGUUUGCCCCUUGGCAGGAUGGUGUUCUGGAAAGACUGAAAACAGCUGUGGAUGCAAAGGACUAUAAUAUGUACCUGGUGCACAAUGGGAGGAUGCUUAUUCACUUUGGUCAGAUGCCUGCUUGUACACCUAAAGAGAGAGACUUUGUUUAUGGCAAACUUGAGGCUCAGGAAGUGAAAACUGUUUACACCUUCAAAGUUCCCGUGAGCUACUGCUGGAAGCGGGCUCACCUCGGAGAUACCUUGUUGAGUUCUAGGCCAAGUGAACACAAGGCAGUAGAUACUUUGGAUUUAGGGAUCACUGUGGAGGACCUGCCCAAAUCAGAUCUCAUCAAGACCACCCUGCUGUGUGCUCUGGAAAGAGAACUCAAAGGUCAUGUCAUCUCUGAAUCCAGGAGCAUUGAUGGGGUGUUCAUGGAUUUUGCUACACAGACAUACAGUUUUGAGCCAGAACAAUUUUCCUCCAGGACAGUGCUGGCUGACCUUCUAACCAAUGCCAAUCUGAAUGGGCUCCAUAUGGAGCUCCACAGUGAGUGUGUGACCAGGAGACACAACAAGAGCAGUUCUGCCUUUACUUUCACUUGCAACAAAUUCUUCAGGAGGGAUGAAUUCCCCCUACAUUUCAAGAAUGUCCACACAGACAUUCAGUCAUGUCUCAAUGGUUGGUUCCAGCACCGAUGCCCCCUUGCCUACUUGGGAUGUACCUUUAUUCAAAACCAUUUCUGUCCCCCAGGGAAAAAAGCAAAAGUAAUCUAUAGUCAGGAGCUCAAGACCUUUGCCAUCAAGCCGGAGGUUGCUUCAGAGCUGAGUGAGGGAGGGAACAACCAUCUCUCAGGCCGUGAAGGAAAAAACCAGAAUUCUCUAACCAGCCUGCCCCUGGAGGUCUUGCAGUACAUUGCUGGGUUCUUAGACAGCAUCAGCCUAUCCCAGCUCUCCCAGGUGUCCGUGCUGAUGAGGAAUAUCUGUGCCACUUUGUUACAAGAGAGAGGGAUGGUCCUCCUGAAGUGGAAGAAGAAGAGGUAUUCCCAUGGAGGCACCUCGUGGAGAGUUCACAGAAAGAUCUGGCAAUUCAGCAGCCUCUUCUCCAAAAUCAAGGGCUGGGAGUUUAAUGAAGUUGCCUCCAUGUCUGAGCACUUGAAGUCCUGUCCUUUCAACGUUGUAGAACACAAGACUGACCCGAUUCUUUUGACCAGCAUGUGUCAGCCCCAUGAGCAGGCCCGAGAGACUUUAGUCACCACUUUUAAAGCCAGACCAAGAGGAAGACACACCUACUAA